AUGGCUUCUGCAAUCGCUCAUGGCAUUAAACAACUCGCCGUCUUAGGUGGAGGACAAAUGGGCCUGGGGAUCGCCUAUGUCGCCGCCACUCGUGCGAAAGUACCCGUUCUUCUCUACGACAAGUCUAAAGAUCAAAUUGGUCGGAGUCUUUCCCUUGCGGACAAGUUUUUUGAUAAGGAUGUCAAGAAGGGAAAGCUUCAAGAGAGCGAGGCUCUGGAGGCUCGGGAUCGUAUGACCGUUGUGAACAACCUGGAGGCCUUUAGGGAUGCAGAUAUGUUUGUAUUUGCUGUGUCUGAAUCCUUCCAACUCAAGCGCUCUUUAUUCUCCACACUAUCCGACGAAAUGCGUCCGGAUGCCAUCCUGGCUUCGAAUACAUCAUCAAUUAGUAUUACCAAGAUUGCUGCUUCUGCAAUGGGUCCGGAAGUUUCUCCUACUAGCGAGGAAGGGCUACGUUCGUCCGCUCGGGUAGUCGGAAUUCACUUCUUUAAUCCUGUACCCGUCAUGGUGCGCAUAUUCCCAUUGGUGGAACUCAUAGCAGGUCUGCAAACUUCUCCCGAGGUGCUUGAACGAUCGAGACAGUUCGCUAUUGCCUGUGGGAAAGAGGUGACAGUGUCGAAAGAUGUACCAGGCUUCGUUUCGAACGCAUUAUUAAUGCCAUUCUUAAACGAGGCAAUCAUGGCCUUAGAGAAGGGCGUUGCUACUAAGCAAGACAUCGAUAAAACCCUACGUUUAGGAAUGGGGCAUCCCAUGGGACCUUUGACAUUGGCUGACUUCAUCGGCCUUGACACUUGCCUAGCUAUCCAGCGUACGUUACUCGAAGGAACUGGAGACUCGAAAUACCGACCAGCAGUUCUCUUGGAGCGUAUGGUAGAUGCUGGCUGGCUUGGAAAGAAAACUGGGAAGGGAUUCUACACAUACGACAAUGAUGGUAAGGCUGUUGAAUAA